UCGAUGCAUUGGCAGUGUAAUUUGGCGUAUGAAAAAAGAGAAAUAAAAUUUUAAUAUUAAAAAUAAACAAACAAGCCAAGAAAUAAGUGAAUAAUAAAUAUUUUUGUUAAAAUUACAACAAAUGUGAAAGUUAUUGAAAUGAAUAUAUUAAAAACAUUAAUUCUAACAUUAGCAUUUAAUUUAUAUGUAAAGGCAUGGUCGAAUGACCUCGACAAUAAUGGCGACGAUGUAGAAAUACCGAUCGGAAUUAUUUCCGAUCACAAUGCGGAGAAAUUACAUAAAACAUUUGAGUACGCCAUCACUAUAGCCAACACUGGUCUCGGCAUACCGAUAAUAGGGAAAAGUGAAGAAACAAAUUUUGGUGAUUCAGUACAAGGGUACGCCCAACUAUGUAAAUUUAUGCAGGCUGGUAUAGGUGCCAUUUUCGGCCCUUCUUCCCGUCAAACAUCAUCACAUCUGUUAACAAUAUGUGAUGCCAAGGACGUACUCUAUGUGUACCCGCAUAUGAGCGAGCAUUUGGAAGGUUUCAAUCUCUAUCCCCAUCCAUUGGAUUUGGCCCGCAUAUUGCAUGAUUUAAUUGAUAUAUUUGAAUGGACCCGUUUUAUUUUUCUCUAUGAAUCGUCCGAUUAUUUAAGCAUAUUAAAUGGUUUAAUGUCCUUCUACGCCAGCGACGGCCCAGUCAUUAAUGUACUUCGGUACGAUCUCAAAUUGAAUGGAAAUUACAAGGCUGUUCUUCGACGUGUACGAAAAUCAAAAGAUGGACAAAUAGUUGUGGUAGGCUCCACUUCAUCUGUGGCCGAUCUUUUAAGGCAGGCGCAACAAGUUGGAAUUAUAAAUAAUAAAUAUUCCUACAUUAUUGGCAAUCUAGAUUUCCAUACUUUUGAUCUGGAAGAAUAUAAAUAUAGUGAAGCGAAUAUAACCGGCAUAAGAAUGUUCUCACAAAAUCAAUUAGUUGUCCAGAAUCUCAUAUCGGAAUUGGGUUAUAACGGAUACGAAAAUGAGCAAAUUGAUAAUGGUUCCUGCCCAAUAACUUUAGAAAUGGCAAUGACGUAUGACGCGGUGCAAGUUUUUGCUGAAACCACCAAAAAUCUCGUAUACCGUCCUCAGCCACUAAACUGUUCUGACCGUAGCAAUGAAGUGCAGCGAGAUGGAUCAACAUUUCGGAACUACAUGCGUUCGAUCAAUAUUCGGGAAAACACCAUUACGGGACCAAUAUACUUUGAGGGUAAUAUACGUAAAGGUUAUAUUCUGGAUGUUGUAGAACUGCAACCUACCGGAAUUGUCAAGAUCGGCACUUGGGAUGAACGUAACAACUUGACUCUACAACGUCCACCUCCGAUAGAUUUAUCAAGCGAAGGAGAUGCCAAUUCUUUAGUGAAUAAAACUUUUCGUGUUCUUAUUUCAGUGCCGAACAAACCUUACGCCAGUAUGGUGGAGAGCCACAAGAAAUUGAUCGGCAACAAUCAAUAUGAAGGCUAUAGCAUAGACUUGAUAAAAGAAUUAGCCGCAAAAUUAGGCUUCAAUUAUAUUUUUAUGAAUGGUGGCAGUGAUUAUGGCAGCUUCAACAAGACAACGAACGUAACGACGGGCAUGAUGAAGGAGAUCAAUGAAGGUCGAGCAGAAUUGGCUAUUACGGACUUGACAAUAACAUCGGAACGAGAGGAAAUCAUUGAUUUUUCUAUACCUUUCAUGAACUUAGGCAUUGCAAUUUUAUAUAUUAAGCCACAAAAAGCACCACCUGAACUUUUUUCUUUCAUGGAUCCUUUUUCCGACGAAGUUUGGAUUUACUUGGGCCUUGUAUACAUUGGAAUAUCGUUUUGCUUUUUUAUAUUGGGCCGCCUAUCGCCAACAGAGUGGGAUAAUCCAUAUCCAUGUAUUGAGGAGCCCGAAGAACUAGAAAAUCAAUUUACGCUAAAUAACUCAUUUUGGUUUACAACAGGCGCGUUUUUGCAGCAGGGUUCCGAGAUAGCACCAAAAUCACUCUCUACACGCACACUUGCAUCCAUUUGGUGGUUCUUCACUCUAAUCAUACUAUCGUCUUACACGGCCAACUUGGCUGCUUUUCUUACCGUCGAAAAUCCUUCCGGACUCAUUAACAAUGUCGAAGAUUUGGCUAAUAAUGAAGGUGGCGUGGAGUAUGGCGCUAAACUCACUGGUUCCACACGAAAUUUCUUUGCGACCUCCGAGCAUGAAGUUUAUAAAAAGAUGAAUGAAUAUAUGAUUCAGCAUCCGCAUUUACUUUUUAAAACAAAUCAAGAAGGCGUGGAACAUGUUAAAUCAGGUUCUCUUUACGCUUUUUUAAUGGAGUCCACGUCCAUUGAAUAUAAUAUUGUGCGGGAAUGCAAUUUGAUGAAGAUUGGUGAUACGCUCGACGAGAAGGGAUAUGGCAUUGCUAUGGUAAAAAAUUGGCCAUAUCGUGAUAAAUUUAAUAACGCAUUGUUGGAGCUUCAGGAACAAGGUGCUUUGGCGCGCUUAAAAAAGAAAUGGUGGAAUGAAGUGGGCGCUGGUGUUUGUAAUAAAAAAACCGGCAAUGGCAAUGCUGAAGCUUUGAAUUUAAACAAUUUAGGUGGUGUAUUUCUGGUGCUCGGUGUGGGAAGUGGUCUUUCUCUUGUCUAUGGCAUAGUAAUGUGGUGCAUACAUAUAGCGCGAAAAGCUAGAUACUAUGAGGUACCUUUCGGGGCCGCCUUUUUGGAAGAAUGUCGGAUUGCAGUUGACUUUGCCAAUAAUGAACGCAUUCUCAAGACGGCGCAAUCAGUAUAUUCACGUAGUCGGAAUUCUCUUGUUUCGAUUGAUUCGAUAGAAAUUGAUCCAGAAAUCGAAGAUAAUUCAGAAAGUGACUAAUAAUUGGUUAAAAACUAUGAUUAUAUACUACGUUUUAGUCAGUAAAACUGAUCAAACAGUUUAUAAUAGUGGCACAUGCAUUGAUUUUACUUGUACAGUCAUACAUUACUCGUAUAUACGGUUGCCAAUUUUUGAAUUUCAAAAUGCACCAAAGCUUAGAAAAAGUUCGUUUUUCUACACUAAAAGCACUUAAUCUUUUUAAAUCAAAGAAUACUUUUUUUCAUAACAUUUUGUAUUUAACAAAAGUAAAAAAUAAAUAUGUAA